GAGUCAGAAAACUCGAAAGUGCUUUCGAGGUAAUCGUGCUGCGUGUUGCUCCGCGUGCGCCGGAGACACCUCGCGGACCUAACGAUAGGAAUUGCACAGGGAGAGAGAAGGAGAGAGACCACCAAACAUCCGAUCAACAAAAAAGGGUUCGUUUAACCGCUGUCUUCCGCGGUUCUCAGCAGCAGAGAAGGAGCGCAGAAACACUUUGCGUUGCAGCACCCUAACGGCGGAACAACUACUCAUCACAACAGAUAGAAACGAUACGAAGAGUGAAGAAGAGAACAUGUGGGGUGGCAUCGAUUUUUUUGUGUCGCUGGAGGUGCUCAUGUCCGCCUCGAUUCCUCCAGCGUUCCCGCCGGCAGCGUCCACGGGCAGUUCUGUCAAGCAACCGCCGGAGGCGAAGUCGGCUCACUUCCCAGGCAACCCGACAAUUCGCCGUCUCGAGUUCUCAGAGGAGCGGCGGCUGACUCCGAUGUUCGUCUACCCCAACGCCACGUUGUUCCUGCAGGUCGUGUGCUCCUCCGGCAACCGGGUGCAUCUCAUGACACCGUGGUCCAAGGAGGACACGACGACGAUCCUGAAGUCGUCGGAGUGGGUCAGCUUUCUGAAGGACGCCCGUCGCGUGUCACUGGUGCCUGGGACCACGGAGUACAGCUUCGCCAGUUUGGGCAUUGACCCCGACGCCUAUGUGCGCACGGUGCUCGUGGUGGACGAUGCGUCGCGUUGGAGCAGUGCGACGGCGCUGCAGCUCAUUGAAGUACAACACAACCGAGAGGGCGUGGAGGCCUUUCAUUCCAUGGAGCUCCUGUACGCCCUCUCCCGCUGCAUUCUGUUUUCGGAGUGGCUCCUGCGCUACCCGUCGUCGUCCAUCGCCAGCUGCGUGGCGCUGUGCAACACCGCGCUCUUUGCCUACUGUCGGUUCUUUUUCAAGGGCGACGUCGUUGAUACGGCGCUGAUGUUGUUGGUUUCCUUCCACGGCGGACGUGUAGUGAAGUCAGAGGAGGAAGCCACAUACGUUGUGGUGCUGCCCCCUCCUGAGCGGGAGCCAUCUUCCGCGUCGUCCUCUUCCGUGAGCUCGUCGACGGAGGACAGCAACGAGGGAGAUAGUGACGGCAGUGGCAGCAGCAGCGAUGACGAUGACGAUGACGAGGAGGAGGAGGAGGAAGGAAAGCGCAGUGGCAACGACAGUGUGAAGCCGCCUGGUGAAGAGACCACGUCCACCGCACCACCACCACCGUCACAACAAGUCAACCUUACGGAAGACCCCACCGCUCCGCCACCGGCGUCCUCUGCCUCCCCCACUGCCCAGGAGGAGAAGCCCUCUACAAGUUCAGUGAACACACCCGCUGCUGCGGCCACUGGGCAGACACGUACGGCGCCGCUGCCCGCGUGGGUGCUCGUGGUGACGCCGCAGUGGGUCUAUCGCUGCGUUCGCGCGCUCCGUCUGGUUCCGCUCGUCGACAUCGAUGACCCCGGCAACUCUGGCGACGUUGGCACCGACGUGCGCGCGGACGAAGAAGCGACCAACACGCAGGGCGACAACGAUGAAAUCAAUGCGGUCACGGCCGCAGCACACAAGACACGGCUGCUGCUGUGCUGUCUGUUGCCGCCAUCCGACGCCCGCCCGCUGAUCUGGACGACUUUCCAGUCCAUCGCACGCCAACACCACUACGACACGGCGUGUCUCUUGUUCGCCAGCAGUGAUGACACCAGUACCAGCGCCAGCCUCAGCGAGGCUCUCCACCUGCCGACGGCGGCCUCCGUUCUAGAAGCCCUCACCGCCCCGUCGCUGAGGGAUGUGGUGGAGGUGCGACUGCUGUCUGCCACACCGGCAGCGAAGUCCGCCGGCGGUGGUGCACCGCCGUCGUCGGCGCGUUCACGCGGUGUUGUCGUUACCCGAGCUGCCUUGGGCACGCUGAAGGUCUCGGCUGCGUCAGCCGAGCUGGGCCGCAUUGCGCUGAACCGGUGCGAGCGCCGCCGUGACAAGGAGGCCGUCUUUGCCCAUCUGCAGCUGAUCGCCUCUCAGUUUCUGUACUCGUACGAGUUUGUCCAGCGAAAGCGUAUGCAGGAGACGCACCGCGAGGCCGGCUCGCAGACUAGCGGCCCGCUGCACGCCUCUGUCGGCAUCAUGACGGAGGCGGACGCAGAGGACGUGGCGGACGUGGAGAAGGCGAAGGAGGUACCCGCCACGGCGGCCUCUCCAGCCCCGUUGACGUCCACUGCUGAGGAUGCCGGCUCCGUUGACGCGGAGGAAUGGCGACACCACCUGAAGAACGUGGAAGGGAAGCUGCUGAGCCGCCAUGAGGGCUCGCCCGCUGACACGGAGGCGGAAAGGGCCGACAAGAAGGACGAUGCGCCGGGGAGUUCGGUGCAGGACGACGGAGAGGGGAGACGCGGCGAGGAGGUCAGCGCAGAGCAAAGCACGGCCUCCCCCUUAACGCAGGGUGCAUCGCUGCUUCAUCGACCCCCGACACGCCCACAGGGUGCAAACUCGAUCUUUCAGGCGGCGCCGCUUUUUGCGUCGCCCCUCGAGAGCGGCGCCCACUCUCUCUACCCGUUGCGGCCCUUCAACGCCAUGCCGCUGUCGUCGGAGUCGCUGUACACCUCGUGCUACAUCCCCACAACCUCCCUCACGGAGGACCAGAGGGCCGACUUCUUCGUGGAGCUCCGCUCCUAUCCGAUUUUUUCCUCGCGAGAGCUGGGCAACAACGUCGUGCGGCUGCCGGAUGGCGUCAAGUGCGAGUUUACCUCCCACAAAGCCGCAGAGGACUUCCGUCGCAUUGACUACAUCGAGUUCCUCUCCCUCCACCUGCCCAUCUACCCCUACUUUGGCGAGGCCGCCGACCGGCAAGAGGAGUCGCUGCUGCCACCACCACCACCUCCUCUCCAACCGCCUCAGCAGUCGCAGCACCCGCAUGAGGUAGACUCGCCGUUGCAGUCCGCGCUGUCAGCGUCCAAUACCGCCCAGCAGGCGCAGUCACUCUGGACCACGCCGGAGACGGCGUCCCCGGAGAGUCUGCGGCGCGGGUGGGCGAAGUCGACGCCGCCGUCCUACGGCCACGGGACGGACACCGUUGGACGGGGCAGCGCGGACGCACGGCGCUACGGAAGUGCGACCACAACGGUACCGCCGUACCGCGCCUUCACGAAGCCGUCCGACGCCGCUUUCGCAGACCCGCCGCCCCGCAAGCACGCGCGCGAGGAGUCGCCGACGGCGUAUCGACGAAGCCCAGAGAAGCGGCGCCGGCGAAGGGAUGAGCCGGAUGCAGAGGACGAGCGCUUAUUUGCGUCGUCGUCGUCCGCGUCGAAGCUGGAGGAGGGGGAGUCUCGCCGACGGCGGCAGCACCGCGACGACGAGUCCCUGCCUCGCAGAGACGACCGACAUGAGCGCCACAGCAGCAGCAGCGGGAGCCGAAGUCGCCGCCGCGACGAGCGCCGAGACGAACGUGUGCGCUCUUUCGCAGACGGGCCGUCCAGCACCCAUCAUAGCAGCCGUCGCGGCCAACGUGAGUCGCGCCGGCGGCGGUCCUUGUCGGAUAGCGGAGAGGACUGA